AUGCUUGGUGCCAUAUUACUCUGUGUCUUUUUUAAACGCCCUCAUCAGAUUUGUGCGCAAAUGGCAGCAGCGGCAGCUGGAGGAGGUCAAGGAGGGGCAAUUGGACAAUCAUCGACAAAUGGCCUAAAAUCUGGAUAUACACCAAUUCCUCCUAAUGAAUUCUCUCCACAAGUUCAACAUCAUCAAAUGAGAGAAUUCGAAAGUAAUAAUAAUGGAGUUGGUGCUCGUGUUGGAACUCUUGUGGGUUCAACCCAAAGUUUAUUACGUAAUGGAAGUGGAACAAUAGGGAAUGGAAACGGCGCUUCGGCUGUUGGAUUUACUGAUAGAUCAGGGGCAAGAUUCACAACAAUAUUAGCUCAAGGUAAUGGAGGAACUCCACGAGAAACAAUUGCAAUUUCAAGAGAAGCUCAACAACCAAAAAGAGAAUUUAAAGAGUGGUAUGUCUAG